CGUGAACGUUCCUCUGUUUUACAUCCUGCCUGUGUCGUGUAUCUGCUGUGCGAUUUAUUCUGUCUCUUCGCUUUUCUCUCUGCGUGGUGUGUGAGCAGCGAUCGUAGUCUCCAUAGCAAUGGCAGCAGUCAUGGGUGUGCAUGCUGUGGGAGCGGCCACUGGAUUCGCCACGGGGGUCGAGAUUAAGAAGAACCUUGCGUCGUCGGCGAACUCCCUGAGCGGCGUCAGGAUGGUCGCGGCUUCUACUGCCCAAAUGAUGAAGCAGACUCGGGUGCCGGUCGUGAGCGCGUCCCUUUACUCCGAUGCUAAGUAUGACUUGAACAACUACAAGUUCGACCCCAUUAAGGAGUCCAUAGUUGCCCGGGAGAUGACCCGGCGCUACAUGACCGACAUGAUCACCCACGCUGAUACUGAUGUGGUGGUGGUGGGAGCUGGCUCUGCCGGCUUGUCGUGCGCGUACGAAUUGUCGAAGAACCCCAACGUGAAGGUGGCGAUCAUCGAGCAGUCGGUGUCACCCGGCGGUGGUGCGUGGCUCGGAGGGCAAUUGUUCUCGGCCAUGGUUGUUCGCAAGCCAGCGCACCGGUUCUUGGACGAGAUCGAGGUGCCGUAUGAGGAGAUGGAGAACUACGUGGUGAUCAAGCAUGCGGCUCUGUUUACGUCCACCAUCAUGAGCAAGCUGCUGGCUCGCCCGAAUGUGAAGCUGUUCAAUGCCGUCGCGGCGGAGGACUUGAUCAUCAGGGGCGACCGAGUGUCUGGAGUGGUGACGAACUGGGCCCUCGUGGCGCAGAACCACAACACACAGUCGUGCAUGGACCCCAAUGUCAUGGAGGCGAAGGUUGUAGUUUCAUCGUGCGGUCACGAUGGUCCAUUUGGCGCCACCGGAGUUAAGAGGCUGAGAAGCAUUGGCAUGAUUGAGAGCGUGCCUGGGAUGAAGUGUCUGGACAUGAAUGCCGCAGAGGACGCGAUUGUUAAGCACACCCGGGAGAUCGUGCCCGGCAUGAUUGUGACGGGAAUGGAGGUCGCUGAGAUUGAUGGUUCACCGAGAAUGGGACCAACAUUCGGAGCCAUGAUGAUCUCCGGGCAGAAGGCCGCGCAUUUGGCUUUGAAGGCGCUGGGACUUCCCAACGAGGUGGACGGAAACUACAAGCCCAACGUGCACCCCGAGCUUGUUCUCGCUUCUACUGAUGAUAUGACUGCUUCUGCCUAGAUUUGCUUGCAGGCUCGAUAAAGUUCCUCAUCCGGCUUAUCUCUCACAGAGCAGAAUCCAAGCCAAGCCGUCUUUGUAGAUGUGUAAGUAUCUAGGAGCAAAGUGACUUGAUAACGAUGUGUGAAAAUGUAAACCGUGGCUUGGGUUUCGUGGUGUUGAGAUGGGGUCAUAGAUCCUACGGUUGAGGUCAUAGUGUACCGAUCCAAAACAAAGAACACCACAUCAAGUGUACCUCUCCUGUUUUCUCAUAAUGAAAGUUCCCAUUUGGCGUUGUUGCUAAUUUUCGGCACCGGGGGUGCUUGCUUCGAGCAGGCUGAGAGAGUCCCUUAAAACCUGAUCAGGAUAAUACCUGCGAAGGGAGUGUGCCUAGUGGUUGUUUUUGCAGGGACCUCGCGCGUGAGAUUCGCCUUUCGACGACGAUCUCUGUCGAACCGCUAUUCCUGCCGUGACACCAUGGCGAAUACUAAUAACACCGGUCGUGUCGUUCGUUACUGUCUUUGUAUUGUGUGACGAUGAUUUCGUGACUUCAUUGAUGCAGGAUGAGAAACCGUGCGGUGGGGGGACUGGAUCAAAAAUUGCUGCCUCGCUCUGUCCGUAACAUCUUACCGCAGGGAUUCUUACCCAACAGGCUUCCUGUCUAAUUGAAUGGCAUUUGUUUUCGUGGCUGUUUCCUUUUUAUGGAUGUGUAGAGAACUAUGCGUACGAUGUCCGCAAGCAAGGUAUGCAACCGACGUGGAACUGCCUGAUCACAAUAUUAGGCAAUCGAAUCCUACUUGUCAUGAUAGAAUUUUCUAAUGCUCAAUUUGAGUUUCAGAAUAGAAGAUUGUGAAAUGACAGUACGCCCGUGUUCAUUGCCCGCCCACCAGACGCCUAAAUCGGACCUUUAGGAUAUCGUUUCUUCACUCGGCAAUUUCAGGGUAAAAGACAAUUCUUCAAGCUAAUGCUUACACUAUGCAUGCCGGCAGCAACAAGAAACCGUAGGUCACGCUUCUAUUAUUAGAUUACUUUGUGACAGUACUGUGUGCGCCGAAGAAUGUACUCAGUGAACAGCUCCUUCAUUUCAGUGCUGGGAGGUUGAACAGGAAGUAGACACCCCUCGGAUUAUGAGUAGUGUGUUAAUUUUGAAAAAUGUGUACAAUCUCUUUCAUUGUGGCAGCAAUAAGAACAAAGACUUUGUAAGAUUA